CUCUUUUAAUUUGUGCUUUUCUCCUCUCUUUACAUAAAUAAGAAACCCCACCUUCUUUACUCCGCGUUUGUUUCCAUCAUAACCCCGUCACCAUGAACGGAGCUCAGAAAGCGACGGCGGCAGCAGAGAUGACUUCCAGUGCUGACAGAAUGGUUGGAAUGGAUCACGCUGAAGUACGCUAUUUCACUAGCUAUGAUCAUCAUGGAAUUCAUGAGGAGAUGCUUAAAGACGAGGUUCGAACCCGCUCAUACCGCGACGCUAUCUACCAGAACAGACAUAUCUUUAAGGACAAGGUUGUCCUUGAUGUCGGCUGCGGCACUGGUAUCCUCAGCAUGUUUGCCGUCCGCGCUGGAGCUAAACACGUCAUUGGUGUUGAUAUGUCCUCCAUCAUUGAGAAGGCCCGUCAAAUUGUAGAAAUUAACGGGAUGAGCAACAAGAUCACUCUUCUCCAGGGUAAAAUGGAGGAGGUUGUUCUGCCAUUCCCAAAGGUUGAUAUAAUCAUCUCAGAGUGGAUGGGAUACUUCUUGCUCUAUGAGAGCAUGCUGGAUACCGUCCUCUAUGCUCGUGAUAAUUAUCUCGUUCCGGGUGGAAAGAUUUUCCCUGAUAAAGCCACCAUGUACCUGGCUGGAAUCGAAGAUGGCGAGUAUAAGGAUGAGAAAAUCGGCUUUUGGGACAAUGUGUAUGGUUUCGACUAUUCGCCGAUGAAAGAAAUUGCGCUGGCCGAACCACUUGUCGACACCGUUGAGCUGAAGGCUCUUGUAACGGAUCCUUGUCCCAUCAUAACCUUUGAUUUAUACACCGUUACUCCGGCGGAUUUGGCUUUUAAGGUCCCUUUCAAUCUCACUGCAAAGAGAAAUGACUUCAUUCAUGCUCUCAUUGCUUGGUUUGACAUUGACUUCACAGCAUGCCAUAAGCAAAUUCGAUUCUCGACUGGCCCACAUGCGAAGUACACUCACUGGAAACAGACCGUUUUCUACAUUAACGAAGUUAUUACUAUCGAAGAGAACGAGUGCGUGACCGGUUACCUUAGCAACCGACCGAAUGACAAAAAUAAGCGUGAUCUUGAUAUCCAGAUCUCGUACAGAUUUGAGACACCAGAUGAAAAUCGCUAUACGCAGGGUUCUUGUGAAUAUAAGAUGUGCUAAACAUCUUACGUACAUAUGUCUGUAAAUGGCUUUUUGCAUAUCCUCCGCGCGUCAUCAAGAUGUCCCUUUUAUUCGAUGCUAUUCUCCUAUCCAUGGUAGCUUGCAUGGGUAGGGCGCGCAAUUUUUGCAUUAUGUGGCUUUUAAUUAAAACCCCAAAAAAAGGCGUUGGGUGUAUGUGGUAUGGAUACGAAACGAUGGUCAAGGAUAGGAUUUCACAGCUCCUCGAUUUGCAAUAGAUACCCUCGAGUCGA